CCAACCGCCGAUAUGGACGACAUCAAGCGAUACCCGACCCCUCGAGCCCUCCCGCUUGCAUCGUCGCGGAGGAGUCGUACCUUUGUCGCCUUGGCUGCCUUGGGCAUCGUCUCUUUCUUCUUCUUCGUCCACAUCCGUCCGCUUGCGGUACUGCACACUACGCCCGACGUAACCAUCCCGUUGAAGACGCACCCGCGCCCGCAGCCCGAAGCGGCUGUCGGGAAGCAGCAGGCACCUCUGGUGCCGCUCGAGGCGCACAUCAUGAGCAAGUGCCCGGACGCCAGGGAUUGCCUCAGGGAUAUGGUGCUGCCUGUGAUGCAGCGCGUGCAUGACAAGGUCAACUUUACCUUGUCAUUUAUCGGAACUCCGGAUGGCGAUAGCGGAGUUGCAUGCAAGCAUGGACCAGCUGAAUGCAUGGGAAACAUUAUCGAGCUUUGCGCCGCUGAUCUGUAUCCCGAUCCGAAGACGUAUCUUGGAUUCACCAUGUGCAUUUCGAUGAAGUACCCAGAGAUACCCAAGCGAGAACUCAUCGAGGCCUGCGCACUGGAGCACGCCGUGGACUUCAAGGCGCUCAAUGAUUGUGCAGCCAAGGAUGACGGCGCAUACGGCAUUGAUAUGCUACGCCAUAGCGUACAAAGGACGGCAAGAGCCGGCGUGAAGAUGAGCUGCACGGUCAGGCUGGACCAGGAGAUCUACUGCAUCAGGGACGGAGGAGAGUGGGUAGAUUGCCCCAAGGGACCUGGUGUUCAGGAGCUGGUUGCGGCUAUUGAGCAGAAGUACUCGUCUUCGAAAUAGUCUCUCUUUUCAGCGGUUCAAAAAUUUCGCUCAUGCUCUCAAGCUGCUCGAUGAUGCUCUCCAGCCCCACGGCCUUGCCGGUGGCCUGCGUGGCUCCCGCCUCGAGCUGGACGUGCACGAUGUGUAUGUGGAAGUGGUAGUAGGUGGGCUGGUAGUGCACGUACAGCUUGAGCUGGUCCCGCUCGAUCUCGGGGUACACCUCGGCGGUGGCGUCGAGGAACCUCUGCCGCAUGUGCCGCAGCCAGGGGACGUGCCUCUUGGUCAGGUCGCGCAGGCUCCAGAUGUCGCGCCGCUCCACCAGGCCCAACAGGUGCAGGGCCUCGAGCGUCGACCGGUCCCAGUUCAGAUCGGGAAGCAGCAGGAAACCCUCGUCGCCGGCCUCGCCCAGCGGCGUGCGGUAGAUGACGUCCUCGACCUCCUUCCGGCCCUCGAUGAUGUUGUACACCCAGCUCAGCCGCCCGGCCUCGCGCUUGGCCUGCAUGUAGGGCCGGACCCUGGUCCGGUAGACGUCGGGCGUCUCGACCACGAACCGCACGCCCUGCUUGCUGUACUUUUUCACGUGCUGCUCCGUGCACGGGUAGAUGAGGUUGAUCUUGAGGUCCUCGGCCGCGUCGGCCGCCCCGCCCGUCGCCGCCAUGUACCAAAAGUAGACGUCGUUGGCCCCCAGGUUCUUGAGCGUGCGCAGCGUCCCCGUCACCGACGAGAGGUAG